CAAUAGUCUCCAGUCUAAGCUCUCAACUCUCAACGCUAUUAAAAUGAUAUCCUUCUCUCUCUAUUGAACCAAACCAGGGAAGAACCAGAGAAAGGAGAUGAAGAAGAUGGGUGACAGAACGAUUAUCGCUCUCUUCUUCGCUUUACUUUAUCUAUCUACUGCGCAUUCCUUCUAUCUCCCUGGUGUUGCUCCUCGCGAUUUUCAAAGGGGCGACCCACUUUCUGUCAAAGUGAACAAGUUGUCAUCUACAAAGACUCAACUUCCAUAUGAUUACUACUACCUCAACUACUGUAAGCCGCCUAAGAUUGUCAACAGUGCAGAAAAUUUGGGAGAGGUUCUCAGAGGUGACCGUAUUGAGAAUUCAGUAUACACUUUUGAAAUGAGGGAGGAUCAGCCAUGCAAAGUAGGAUGUCGAAUAAAACUUAAUGCUGAAUCUGCCAAAAAUUUCAAGGAAAAAAUUGAUGAUGAAUAUCGGGUUAAUAUGAUUCUUGAUAAUCUCCCAGUUGCUGUUCUUCGACAAAGGAGGGAUGGAAGUCAAUCAACAACAUAUGAACAUGGUUUCCGUGUUGGAUUCAAAGGGAAUUAUGCUGGGAGCAAAGAGGAGAAGUAUUUUAUCAACAACCAUUUGAGUUUUCGAGUUAUGUUCCAUAGGGACCCAGAAACUGAUUCUGCCCGAAUUGUUGGAUUUGAGGUUACACCAAACAGUAUCUUACACGAAUACAAAGAGUGGGAUGAAAAGAAUCCACAGUUGGCAACAUGCAAUAAGGACACCAAAAAUUUGAUUCAAGGGACCACUGUCCCUCAAGAAGUAGACACAAAUAAGGAGGUUGUGUUUACAUAUGAUGUAACCUUUAAGGAAAGUGAUAUCAAAUGGGCGUCUCGUUGGGACACAUAUCUUCUCAUGAAUGAUGACCAGAUCCACUGGUUUUCCAUCAUAAACUCAUUGAUGAUUGUCCUCUUCCUUUCUGGGAUGGUGGCCAUGAUCAUGAUGAGGACUCUAUACAAAGAUAUUGCAAAUUAUAAUCAGUUGGAAACCCAAGAUGAGGCUCAGGAAGAAACAGGAUGGAAACUUGUCCAUGGAGAUGUCUUUAGGGCACCAGUAAACUCUGGUUUACUUUGUGUUUAUCUUGGUACGGGUGUUCAGAUCCUUGGAAUGACGCUUGUGACAAUGAUAUUUGCACUGCUAGGGUUCUUAUCUCCUUCCAACAGAGGAGGACUUAUGACAGCUAUGGUUCUCUUGUGGGUUUUCAUGGGGUUAUUUGCUGGUUACUCAUCAGCUCGAUUGUACAAAAUGUUCAAGGGUACAGAGUGGAAGAAGAACACCUUAAAAACUGCAUUUAUGUUCCCUGGUAUUCUUUUUGCAGUCUUCUUUGUUCUGAAUGCCCUAAUUUGGGGAGAACAAUCUUCUGGGGCUGUGCCUUUUGGGACAAUGUUUGCUCUUGUCUGCUUAUGGUUUGGUAUAUCUGUUCCCUUGGUCUUUGUGGGCAGUUAUUUGGGCUACAAAAAGCCAGCAAUUGAAGACCCAGUCAAGACAAACAAAAUUCCUAGGCAGAUACCAGAGCAGGCAUGGUACAUGAAACCUGUCUUCUCCAUCUUGAUCGGAGGCAUUCUUCCAUUUGGGGCUGUCUUCAUUGAGCUCUUCUUCAUCUUGACGUCAAUAUGGCUGAACCAGUUCUAUUAUAUAUUUGGAUUCCUCUUCAUAGUUUUUGUUAUUCUGCUAAUCACUUGUGCAGAGAUCACAAUAGUGCUCUGCUACUUCCAGUUGUGCAGUGAGGACUAUCACUGGUGGUGGAGAUCCUACCUGACUGCUGGCUCCUCUGCUUUGUACCUUUUCCUGUACUCUGUUUUCUACUUCUUCACCAAGUUGGAAAUCACAAAGCUCGUCUCCGGGAUUCUUUACUUUGGUUAUAUGAUAAUUGUUUCAUAUGCCUUCUUUGCCUUGACGGGCACAAUUGGUUUCUAUGCAUGUUUCUGGUUUGUUAGGAAGAUCUAUUCCUCAGUGAAAAUUGACUGAUAUGAAGAUACAAAGAGGGGCAAAGGAACUUGGGAUCAAGUAUUGUGAAAUCUUUUCCAGCAUUCUCUGCAUCGUCAGGAUGAGAUUAUGCAUUGGAAGUUUUAAUGCUGUUCUCUUCGAAACCUUUUAGUUCAUGUAGGGUAGGGUAGGGCUUGGCUUGCUGUUCUGUUACACUGUUAAAAAGUCGAAUCAAUUGUACUUGUAAUAGCCUUGCAAGAACCUUUGAGCAGUGUUUUAGAUGUGUUGAGUAUACCCUUAAAUAUAUCCACUGAUGCCAAAACAAUCAUGAAUUUUGUGAAUUCUUGAGUACUUUGUUAUUUACAAUAAUGAUUUUUAA